UAUUUUUCUGGAAAAGUCGGUAACAAGUCUAAACAAUCUUCAAAUGAAGAAAAUGAAGAUGUUGAUGCAAGAGAAGCAAUAGGAAUUAUAGAUACAAUGAUUGCAGAACCGCUACCAGAUUAUUCUGAUGACAGUGAGGACGACGAGGAGUUUGAAAAAGAAAUUCAGAACGAACUGCAGGUUUUACAGAAAACUGGGUCAAGGUAUCGCUUGACUGUAACAAAAAAUGGUUUAAGUGCAACUUCACGGCGUUUGAAUGAAACAAUAAAUGAUUUUGGAAGAUCAAGACAAGCUUUAUCAAAAAGCGCCAGAAUUAUAACAGAUGGUAUCCAGGCAACUAAGUGGAAGCAUGCAAAGGCUCAAGACUUGAGAUUGGAAUCGCAAAAAGAGGGGAGUAGCGCGAAGGAUAACGAUAAUAACAUUCCUCUCCCAACAGUAAGGCGAAGGAGGUUUAACCUAGGAGCAGGGCGAUCAAAGCUUGCAUCAAGAUUACAGGAUAUAAAUCCGUCAUCUAGUAGUAAUGAAGACAGAAGACGACCUUCAAAUGAAAAUAGAGAGGAUUAUGACCGAAUAGGAUCACACGGAACAUUGGGCCGUCAACUUGGAAAAAGACUUAAAUAUGUUGCCAAAUCAGUGAGGAGAAUAAACACAGAUGACACUCCACGUGCAAAUGGACCACGUGAGCAUCGUGGUGUUUCAUUUGAAAACUCAGGAAGACCAACAUCUACGCUCUAUUGAAGAAACAACCUUAAAUACUGCAUAUAAAAA